AUGGACGCCGCGGCGGAGCCCCUGCUGCCGCAACCGGCAACCGCCGUGGACCACCUCGGCCGUCCGGUCUCCCGCCAAACCUCCGGCCGGUGGCCCGCCGCGCUCUUCAUCAUCGGCGUGGAGAUCUCCGAGCGGUUCGCCUAUGGCGGCAUCUCAGGGAACCUCAUCACCUACCUGACCGGCCCGCUAGGGCAGUCCACGGCGUCGGCCGCCGCGGCCAUCAACGCCUGGAGCGGCGUCGCGCUUCUGCUGCCGCUGCUCGGAGCCGCCGUCGCCGAUUCCUGGCUCGGCCGUUACCGCACUGUAGUCUGCGCCUCCCUACUCUAUAUCCUGGGCCUGGGCAUGCUCACACUAUCAUCAAUUCUUGCACCACAACAACCAGCACAAUUUGGAGACCACAUGGAUUCCGCUUUAUCCUCGACUUCAACAAUUCAUUUAGCUUUCUUCUACGUGUCCCUGUAUAUUGUGGCCUUUGCGCAAGGUGGCCACAAACCUUGUGUGCAAGCAUUUGGGGCAGACCAAUUUGAUGAGAACGAUCCUGAAGAAUUUGCCUUGAGAAGUUCCUUCUUCAAUUGGUGGUAUUUUGGGACGUAUGCAGGCAGCGUUGUUACAGUUUCAAUCUUGAAUUACAUUCAAGAUAACAUAAGCUGGCAGUUUGGGUUCGGAAUCCCUUGCAUGGUUAUGUCUCUUUCUCUUGCAGUUUUGUGGCUUGGGACCAGGACUUAUCGCUUUUAUCCUGUAAGAAGUGAUGGAAGCUUAAUUGGACAGGUUGUCAAACACAUUUUAUCAUUGGUUAGAACCUGGCAUGCAUCAUGGAGUUUGAGGUCAUCUGAUGAUUCCCACUGCAUGCCAACAUCGUCAUCCAGCAGACUCAAGGAUAAAGCAGAAAUGACAUGUUUCCCUGAUGAAGCCAAGUCUCUGCUUAAAUUGUUUCCAAUAGGGGCAACCUGCCUGAUCUAUGCAGUUGUUUUUGCCCAGUGGAUGACGCUGUUCACUAAACAAGCAAGUACACUAGAUAGGUGGAUAGGUAGCUUACAGGUACCAGCUGCUGCCCUACAAAGCCUUAUCAGCGUGUCAAUCGUCAUCUCGAUUCCUAUAUAUGACCGGAUACUUGUUCCACUAGCCAGAAAGUACUCACAGAAGCCUUGUGGCAUCACAGCCUUGCAAAGGAUAGGAACUGGACUAGUCAUCUCCGUGAUCUUGAUUGUUGUUGCAGCCCUCGUGGAGAUGAGAAGGCUCAAAAUAGCAAGAGAGCAUGGCCUAGUGGACAAACCCGAAGCAACAAUUCCAAUGAGCUUUUGGUGGGUGGUACCUCAGUUCAUCCUGACUGGCGUGGCGGACAUGUUCACGAUGGUCGGCUUGCAAGAGUUCUUCUACGACCAAGUGCCAGACAGUCUGCGCAGUUUGGGCCUUGCCUUAUACUUGAGCAUAUUCGGAAUUGGGAGCUUCAUCAGUGGCUUUCUGGUGUAUGCAAUCGACCGGGUAACCAGUGACGGUGGAGAUAGUUGGUUCUCAAACAAUCUGAACCGAGGCCAUCUUGAUUACUUUUACUGGCUUCUGGCCGCGCUCAGCGUUGUCGGGCUGGCUGCUUACCUCCACUUUUCACAAGUGUAUGUCUCCAAGAAAAAGGGCAUUUCAGCAGAAUGA